CGGGUGCAACACGUAACUUUUUAACAUUACGCCGUGAAUUUCGUGAAUAGCUAGAAUAGAAAAUUAAUAAUUUGAUUAGAAAUUGAACCAAUCAUGAAUAUAUUGAGAAAGUGCGGUUUUUGCCAGCAGCCGGCUGCCUUGAUGUGUAGCCGAUGCCUAGAGGUGUACUGUUCCUUCGAAUGCCAGAUUCGGGACUGGUCAGAACACAAACAAAUCUGCGUCACCGUUCCCAAACUGUACCCAAAUAAUAGCUAUUUGGAGCUUUUGACCAGUGGCGUAAGGCUACCGCUUAAGGGUCCCGCCAUGAUUGAGCAAGGAUCGAUUCGACUGGUCAACAAUGGACGUUCUUUGAAGUCGAACUUUCCCAUGGGAUCCGUCGAAGUAUCGGUGGACCGGAAAGCGACAGACUCGAUUCCGGAUGAAGAAAAGGAAUCGGAUGGUGCCCCGUCUAUGAAGACCCAGGAUAUGUUUGACAUGGUGGAAAACGUAAAGAGGGUUUCAAAAAUGAAGAUCGAAGAUGUUUCCCAAAGGGACAUGAUUAAUGGUUGUAAGUCGGCCGAAUAUGUCGCUGAAGAGGCCCAAACGUUGACAGAGUUCGAACCAGGUAUGGUCCAAAGUCCUAAAAAGAUAGUAUCGGCUAACAAUCAUUGCAAACCUUGGAUGUUGCAUUUCCCACUGGAGAAGGCAGAUGGAGAGGUGUUCGAUGUUGUCAUUCAGCACGUUGUGGUGAAUCAACCAAUGCUAUGUUGGGUCGUUUUGCCAGACCACGAAUCCCAAUGCAACCAACUGCUGCGUGACAUUAACGUUCAGAUCGAUCCGAGUGCUAAACCGGUCAAGUACGACGAUAUCCAGGUGGAUGAUGUCUACACGGGUCUCUAUGAGGACCUCUACUAUCGGGUGGUGAUUUUGGAAAAGAUUGACCCCGCAAGAUCUCUAGUUAGAGUUCGAUUGAUAGACUACGGCAACGAAUUGACUCUGCCGGCUUCAGACUUGCGUGCUCCUCUUCCGCGGAUGAAGGAUCUUCGUGCGUUUGCGUUUCUGAUCGAGAUUCAGAAUCUGAACCGAACUUUCGAGCCAAACGCAGUCAUUCGGAUCAGCCUCAUUCGUUCGGAGAGCGAUCGCAAGAUAGUGGAAAUGGUUCUGGCACCUGAGAGUUUGUUGGAUUUGCUAGGGAACUCGAACGAGACUACCGGAGAGGGUGGAAUUGUGGCCAUUCUUUCUUCUCGAAAAGCAUUAAUCUUGUUCUCUUCUGCACCGGUGAUGCAUAUCAUGAAGGUGUUGUAUACUCAGCUGGCGGAAGAAGCUGCCAUGUUCCCUUCGGCAAAGAAUUCCGAAGUUGGGGAUUUGAUCUGUGUGAACUCGAUCGAAUUUGGCUGGUCAAGAGCUUUGAUCAUCGACCAACACGACGACAAUCGAUUGGUUUAUACUAUUGAUAAUGGAACAGUGGAGCUGGUAAGUGCACAAGAUGUUCGCAAAUUACCUGCCAAGUAUAAGCAUAAGCCGCGGCUGGUGUUGGCCAUGGAGAUAACCAAGGUGGUUAUGAACGAACAGGACUUCAUGCGUAUGUGCUAUAUGCCAAGCUUUGAGUUCACUUUUGAACGAUUGUCAUUCAACAAGGCUCAGCAAACGAUGAAGUGUACGAUGAAGGACGGCAAAGGAAAGUUCGUUCUUGCGGAAGUUGACUUCAUGGACUUUGAAUGUGAUUUGAAGAAGGUUGGGAUCGACUACUGGCCACAUACUCCUCAGGACAAAAUGAUUGUGAGAAUUUUAUCCGCUCUAGACGUAAGCACCAUAGUCAUAUGUCCCAAAGACAGUAUUAAUGUUUACACUGAGCUGCUUCAGACGGUGAUACCGAAUUUGAAACGCUUGACAGCAGUUCCGAAUGUGAAGGACGUAAUCGUUGCUAUGGACGAUUGCAUGAUGCCUUAUCGAGCACGAGUCCUUUCCAUUGUUUCUUCGACGGAAGUAGAGGUCUUGGACCUUGACAAUGGGAAAAUCAGAAACACUUUCACAGAGAAGCUGUUCGAAACUAACGGGUUUGUGAAUAACCUGCCUGUGUAUACUUUAAAAGUACGCAUUCUGGAUAUGAACGUGUCCGCGAUCAAAGAUCAGGUUUGUGUUCUUCGUCAACUGGAUGCAUUCAAAUCUGAGAAGCGUGAAUUCAGGACGCACUUCGAGGGCAGGUCGUACAUGUACGGAGUAAAGCUGAUCGACGUGAGUACGAAUCGCUCGCUUGCUACCAUCCUGCUGGAGCACCAUGACAAACAGCUUCACGAAGUUGAAAAAGCAGUCACAAAGAAGCGAGAACAGGAUACAGAAGCCGCUCGUCUGAAAACCAUCGAUGCUGCUGCUGAAGUCAAGGCCACAGCCCAAGCAGCAGCCGCAAAAGCUAAACAGGAACGGAAAGCCCGUGAAGCCACAGAACUCAAAAAAGCGGAAACAGUUGUCGCACCAUGGGUGUUCACUAUCAAUGAUCUUAAACUGGUUGAGCUGCCUGUGGGAAAGAGUGGCAUAAAGUUAACCAUUCUGGAUGAUGCUAAUCUGGCUCAUGGAGUAGUAACCGUCUUUGAAUUUACGGAUGAGAACAUCAAACGAUAUACAACCCUGAACGAUAAGGUCAACGAGGAGGCUGCCAGAGUUGGUGGUGACGGAUACUGUCCGAAAUUGGACGAACUAUGUAUUGCCGUGUUCGAUGACGACAAGUUGUGGUACCGAGCAGUAUGCUUGCAGGCCGAACCGGAGAAGGACGUAUUCAUGGUACAAUUUAUCGAUUUUGGCAACCUGGCAUCGGUGAACCGCGAAUCGAUCCGCAGUCUUCCGAAGGAACUCGCUUUUCCCUGUGCAGCGCACACUUGCACUGUUAUUGAUCACAUUAAUGUUAUGAAAACGCUGGUCAAAAAGCAGGCAUCGAUGGGUUACGUGGUGGCCCAACAUAUCGUAUCUAAUGAAGAACAGUAUUCUUUGAAGUUUUAAUUAUCUGGCUUUGAUUUGUUCCUUGCUGAGAAGGAAGCUUUUGAAUGGAUUUUUCUAUAACUUUUUUUUUUUCAAUAAUUUAACAUUUGACAAAAUAUUUCGAAGGAUUUAAUUUCGAUCAAGUAAAGUAGUCAACAUUCUACCGAAUGCAGGAACUUUUAUUUUUGUUAAUAUUUUUACAAUUUCUCCAUCUUCAUUAUAAU